UAGAGAUGUUCUCUGCACCUUGCAAUCCAGGCCCUUUUCAUCCGUGACCACCAGCUGCUCUACCGCUUCCUGCAACACAGGUGGUCCCCCCUCCUAUAUGGCCAGGGUACCAUGGACAUUCUCCAUGCUGUUUCUGCUUGUGCUCCACUCUCCAGGGGCCUCGCUGGCCCCAAACCAGCACCUGUGUGGCUCUCACCUGGUCGACACCCUCUACCUCAUUUGUGGGGAGCGAGGAUUUUACUACAGCGCGAACCGAGUCCACAAGCGGGACCAGGACACUCUGCUUGGGCUCCUGGCGAAAAGGGCCGGAAUGGAGGAGCGGCGGUGGAGGGCCCAGUCUGCCCGUGACGAGCCCAAGGUGAAGAGAGGCAUUGUGGAGCGAUGCUGCCACAAGCCGUGCAGCAUCCACCACCUGGAGGACUACUGCAACUGACCACUCCGCGACCGGCGCCACUCGUAGCUUGUAAAGAAGGUCCGGAAGUCAAUUUCUGUCCCCGACGCUCGCUGGCUAUGUCUUAUCAAGUGAGGGAAAUAAAGCUUCA